AUGGUACCCCCUGAUGAAGAGCACCAAGCACAUUUUACGAAGCGGCUCGCGCUUAAGGCCGCACAACAGCACCAGCCUGUUGAAGCAAAGGAGGAAGCGGUUCUCCUGCAAACCUCUCCGGAAGAAAUCCGGUUAGGGUACAUGAAAAAAAGUUAUGUUGAAAAUGUGCCGUCGCAAAGUGAACGUGAAAAUAAAAGACGCAAGACAAGAAAAAGAAAGAAAGAGAAAGAAGCGCAGGGCAGCGGUAGCAUUGAAUGCUCUAUGGUUGCUGAGCGAGCGACCUCCAAUCCUCCUUCUAUUCUAUAUGAGCAAGAAAAAAAACUAACAAGAAGCCCCCCGAUGAAUACCAAUACGAGGGAAGAAGUGAAACAAGGCAUCGAGUUUGAUGGAAAUUUAGACUCCACUAUACCCAAACAGAGUUCAAUGUUAGUCAUAGAAGACACUCCAGGAAACGUUUUAGCCAAUCCUCAUUAUACGACAAAGGAUGGUGACUCCCGUCCCAUUAUAUAUCUAACCGAGGUAGAUAAACCGUGUUUGUUGUACAAUAAGGAUUUUGGUAACACUGCGACAAGCGAAAGUCAGCCAUCCACAGGCGAGGACUUCGGUAGUUUUAGAAGUUGGAACUCUGAUAUAAUCAGAACGACCGCAAAAGAAACUGAAAAAGCAGUAAUAGACGACACAGGUGACACGAGAGAUGGAACAUCUAGCUUCAUAAACGCAGUCCAUGAAGUCAGCAUUGAAAACUCAUGUUUUUCAGACAAUCCCACAAGUACUCAGCUGUCAAACGUUCACCACGUGAUCUCCUCCAGCGGAGAAGAACCUGGACGACCGGAAGUCGUAGAUUUAAAUACAUUAACGCAAGAAUUAGAUGCUCAGACAAGCCAAUUUGACAAGUACAAGAUUGAUGUUGCCGGCCUUCCUGCUUAUACAUACAGUCGAACUUCAAUUCAAGAAAUUGAACGGAAAUGCAGAAAACAUCUAACAAAAACAAGAUUCAGUGAACGAGACAGAGAAGCAUUUCUGUCUAAAGAUGUUUAUCUUUUUACAACUGUGAGACAAAAUAACAAGUUUAAGUUUGCCACUUCAAUGGACUGUCGCAUUGAAAUAAAAGAUAUUGCGAACACAAUUAACUGUACAUAUGCGCCGUGCGUUUUUGUUAUUCAAUAUAGGCAGCUCAGUAUCGUCGCCCAUAUUUUUGAAGAACUUCAGGAAAAGGGGUUGGAAUUUUGCGUCUUAAUACUUGGUCCUAAAUCUUGUAUUAAUGAUAUGCAAACUUUACACAAGCGGCUGGUCGCAUUCGCUUCGGAAAGCGAUGUCUUUAUAAUAGGUCAUCAAUCUUGGAUAACUGAUAUGCAAACUUUACAAAAGGGACUUGUCGCAUUUGCUUCGGAAAGUGAUAUGCAAGACGCUGUAGAUGAUCUUCUUGAAAGGUUUUCAUUUUCGGUAGUAGAAAAAUUGAUGGAGCAAAUGAGAUAGAUGCUAACA